AUGGUUUUAGACACCGAUGGCAACGUAUUCACAUACCAUGAACCGUUGCGGGAGAACUCAGCCCCAGUAUUGGAUUUUGAUGAACGUCCUUCUGAACUCACACGGAAACGUGGUCGACAGACCUCAUCCUCUCUUUCAUCAGGACCAAUGCCUGAAUCAGAGGUGGGAGAAUACUUGGAAGGCACUACGGGAUCCGUCAGCGUGGAACCACUGAGUGCCACAUCAACCUCUGAGGGCACCUCAGUCCCCCUACCUCAAGGUGAUGCCUGCAGUUCUUUGGAAUUGAGCACUUCCGGCACUCUUGCCGCUGACUCUCCGUCAGGCCAAAAUCUCUCCGCCACAUCACAGACGAAUGCUGGAGUUGGCAAGAUGCAGACAGACUCAACGCCUCCCGAAGUAGAAGUGUCCACUGCCUGCCCGCCGAACUGCAUUGUGGGGCAAGAAGACGGAGUCGAGCCCCAGGCAGGUGUCUCUUCCCCAAAGGUUCGCGUCGACGAGGACUCUGUGGCCACUACUAGUUCAGAAAUCGAAGUGAUUUCCACCUGUACAUCCAUCUGUGAUGAAACUGUCCUACCCUCGUCUGCUGUCCCUGGUCGUCAAUUUGUCAGUUCCGUUUUAACAGAUCACAUCCCGAGUCAGGACGCCAUGCACCAAAAAGUCGUGGAAUUGUCAAAAUUACUUGAAGCCAGAGAAGCGAAGCUCGUGGAGCUGUGUCGCACAAACCUCUCUCUUCAGGAAGUAAACGAGUUUCUCCAUACGAAACUUGAAGAGGCAGGUCUCCCGCAUGACUUUGAGACUGGAACAUUGCAGUCCUUGACGGACGAGUUCACCGAACGGCUAGCGAUUGCCGAAAGGAAGCUGCGUCUGGUCGCUCGUGAGCGUGACCAGCUGCGAAAUCAAGUGCUGGCUGCGAAUGUGUCCAAUGAAUCCGCACCCAAGCAAGCCAUCGGCGAGCAAGAAAAGGCUCUUCGGGUGCGAUGUUCGUGGCUGGAAAGUUCCCUGGCCGAGAAGGAAGCCCAACUAGCCGAUCUUCUGAGGGAAGGUAACAAAAUGGCACAGGAACAAUUGAAGACCAAUAAUCUGGUCAAAACGCUGCGUGCGAAAGUGAAGACUGCCGAGUCCGAGAAGGUGACCCUCAGCAACUCCUUUGGCAAAGUCCAGUCGGAGCUCGAAACCCUUAAGGCGGAUGUUGCGACACGGCGAGAAACCGAAGCCAAGCAACUGGAAUCCAUCAAUCAACUGAAUCGUCAAAACUUGAAACUGGAAAAAGACUUGGCCGCAGUUAGGACUCAACUAAUUUCGGCCGAAGAAAAGGUGGAAUCGUUUCGUCGAGCGAAGUUUGAAUCUGAUGGUAAGCUUGCGGAAACUGUGGUUGCUCUGGAGUCAGCCAGGAUGGCUUUAUCGAAUGCGAAGAGUCGCAGUGAGGCCAUUCGAGACGCCGCGGAAACACACCAGAGCCUUCGUGAUGAGGUCAGCAUGCUGAGGACACAGUUGGAGGAGUUGCGAUUGGUGGGUGUGCGACAGAAAUUAGACGCCGACCAGCGCCUUCAACAGGCCCAACAGGAGGCCAACUACUACAGGGAGCAGUUGGCAGAGUCGGAGUCGCGCUUUGAGUCCUUGGGCGAGACUGCGACCUCAGUUGCGAAACCGCUGCUUCGGCAAAUCGAAUCUCUUCAAACCAAACUCAGCGACCAAGCCAAAGCCUGGGAGGGGACUGAGCAAGGCCUUCUUGUUCAAGUUGCGGAUCUGAAGGCGCACUUAGAUUCGGCAGAGAAAGCCAGCCAUGAGUUCCGGGAUCGGCUGUGCGAAGCCGAAGCCACUGUGGUUGCCGUUCGGGGGGAACUCGCUCUGGAGCGGGAACAGUCCAAGCGACUUCAAGCGCGUCUCUCGCAAUGCAGUCAGGAGGCCACUUCUGAUAAGGCGCUUUUAGUAAAGCUACGCAGCGACUUUGAAUCGACUAGUCGGCAGUUGGCUAUGACGAAGGAGGAACUCAAUGCGUCCGCUGUGUGCCUUGCCAAUGAACGUGAGGAAGUGGCCAGUCUUAAGAGAGACCUUGCUCAGGUGAAAUCUGAGUUGGCCACUGCAAUGGCCAGAGUGGCCGCGUCUCUGGUUACCUCUUCUCAGAGCACUGAGGCGGACACCAGGAGGUCGUCUGAAGCCCAGUUGAACACACCUUCAACAACGAAUUCCUGUGUUGACUGUUCAACUGACAACCACACCCAGCACCACCCUCCGCCCUCCCGACCUCCCGCGCUUUCCUCCGGCCACUUCGCCAGCAGUCUCUCUUUCCUCCAAAGCACCCUUCGACAACGAGAGGGUGAGGUGGGCCAGUUGAAGCGGGAGAUUGCGCGUUUAAACGAGACCCACGAACGCUUGUUGUCGGAUUUAUCCGAACAGACGGCAAAAGCGGAACAGUACGCGCGUCUGGCGGGCUCAGUGGAACACCAAGGCGACCCAAUCGAUGGUGAAGGCGAUCUUCAGAAGCGCUACGAUGUCCUGCUCCAAUUGUAUGGUAAGAAACUGGAGGAGAACAACGAAUUGAAACUCGAUCUCAUUGAAUCUAAAGAAGCCUACAAGAGUCAGUUGGAUGAGCUCUUGAACAAGUUGAACGGCAACCGAUGA